CCAGAAACAUCAAAUUUCUCAUAUACCAAUUUGGUCUUUUUGUUUAGUAAUUCCUUCACGAUGGCUGCUGUUUCUACCCGGUUUGCUCCUCUACCGCUGACCCAGCCUCAAUCCUCAUGUCGGUCACAGGCUUCGAUCAACAUUGAAGGUCGCAGAACUUACACCUUGAACAAUUUCAUCGAUGACGUAAAAGUCCAUCUUGGAGAGUCUGGUGGUAUUGGAUGUGAAGACGUGGAUGAAGAUUAUAUCAUCUCACUGGCAAAGAAGUACAUGUCAAAUCCGAAUGAUUGGGCACGUUACUACCACAACUGCCCCGGGAAGAAUUAUACGCGCAAUGCGAUUAUCAACAUCAACAAAAAAGCCAAUAUUCUAUUGUUGGUGUGGAACCCAGGCAAGGGAUCACCAAUUCAUGAUCAUGCCAAUGCACACUGCAUUAUGAAGGUUAUAGCCGGCGAAUUGACAGAAACUGUCUAUCAUAUGCCAGAAACAGGUUGUGAGAACCAGCCUCUGUCAAUCAAGAGCGAUACUACGCAUCAGGCCGACCAAGUCACAUAUAUCUCCGACACCAUUGGUUUGCAUCGCGUGCACAACCCUCAUCCCACCAAUGUGGCCGUUUCUCUUCAUAUUUAUACACCACCCAAUGCUGCCGACAUUGGUUACAACAUUUUCGACGAGUCGACGGGCCGAGCGAGCUUUGUUCCCAAAGCACAAGCGCACUAGAGAAACCCUUGAGAACUUUACUUUGAUACCCCAGAUAUUUUAGAGAUUGGAGCGGUGAAUUGUUUUUGCAUUGUACAUUUUAGAUAGCUAGCCAUA